CUUCCCUGGCCAUUUGUUCCAAGCCAGGCAUGGAUGAGCCAGGGGUCCACUGACCUGUUCCACACUGGGUAUUUGAGCCCCCAGAUGCUGCCUGGCCAUGGAGCAGGUGAGAGCACACUCUCUCCUAUCACAGAUCUGGGUUCCAGUCCCAGCUCUGCACUUGAGAACUGUGUUGUCCUAGUGAUUUAAUAUCAGAGCCCUUAGCUUCCUCAACUUCAAAAUGGGGGAUCUGGGAUUGAGUGAGGAUGACAUACAGGGUCUGCUUCGUCAGGGUGAAAACCUGAUGUCCUGUCCCCCAGCCCCCUAUCCCUAAUUCUCACACAUGCAGAUUCUGGGGGAUCAAGACACAGGGGCCACCUUGAUCUUCUGGGCCAGCAUCUCUUCUCCUGGGUGCCUUCUCACCUGCAAGGCCUCUGACCCUGCUCUCUAUCCUGCCUGUCAUGCCAGGACUUAUGCCUGAGCCUCCAAAGACAACCCCCAACAUGGGGUCUGUGGAAGAUUGGCCUGGUGAGCUGCUUGGAGGGAGCUACUCUGUGCCAGCGCUCCCAGAGCUCUACCUAGGCCAGCUUCCCUACCUGCCCUCUUGCGUACAGAGGGCCGUACUCCUCCACAGACUUCUCCACAGGAUGAAAAGUGAAGUAAAGGCCCAGCUUCCCCGCUAUGCUUACUUUGUCUGGAACUCAGAGCCAGGCCUGAAGGCAGGAGCUGGCCCAAUACCCCAGAGGACAGCAAGGCUCAGGCACACAGGAUCCACAUCGAUCCCGAGGCCCAGGAUGGCAGUCCAGCGACAAGCAGGUGGCCCUCAGCCACGGGGCUUGGGCCAGAAGAUGGCAGGCCAGGCCUGGGAUCUCCUUACGGGCAGUCACCUCGCCUCCCAGUCCCUCACAAUGGCAGCAGCAGUGAGGCUACUUUACUGGCCCAGUUGGGCACCCUGCACGUGUCUCCACCCCACAGUGCAUCUUCUUUCGCCCAGCACUGACCUGGCCAGAGGGCUUUCGCGGAGCCGCGACUGCGGAGUAGACCUGGGCUCAGAGGUGUACAGGAUGCUUCGGGAGUCGGCCGAGCCGACGGCUGCGGAGCCCAAGCAGUCAGGCUCCUUCCGCUACUUGCAGGGCAUGCUAGAGGCCGGCGAGGGCGGGGAACGGCCCGGGCCUGGCGGCCCCCGGAACCUCAAGCCCACGGCGGGCAAGCUAGGCGCUCCGCUGAGCGGCCUGCAGGGGCUGCCGGAGUGCACGCGCUGCGGCCACGGCAUCGUGGGUACCAUCGUCAAGGCGCGGGACAAACUCUACCACCCCGAGUGCUUCAUGUGCAGCGACUGCGGCCUGAACCUCAAGCAGCGCGGUUACUUCUUUCUGGACGACCGGCUCUACUGCGAAAGCCACGCCAAGGCGCGCGUCAAGCCGCCCGAGGGCUACGACGUGGUGGCGGUGUACCCCAAUGCCAAGGUGGAACUCGUCUGAGCCGCUCCCGGAACCUCCCAUCCCCGCCUCUGCUUUUUUUAAUGUCCCCGCGCACCCGUGUAAAUAUGUUUACGCCCUGCCUCUCUAAUAAAUUCCCUCUGCUUGGCCUCAA